CUUUGGCAAACCAAAGUGACAUUUCUGUAAAGGAUUGUUUGCAAUUAAAUUAUUGCGAUGUUGGUUGUAAAAAUAUAGUAAUUUCGAUAAUAAUCGAAAUAAAUCGUUUGAAGACUUUGUUUUACAUAUUCUGUAGCGAUCUGAGUAGCCACCGUGCUUGAGCAUUAAUGGAUAAGUUUUCCGAUGUUUGUAAGUUGGAACAAAGUACUAACACGACCAGUGGGUUAAUUAUCAAGAAAAAGGACAAAGAAAAAGAUGUUUUCAAAAAACCGAAACCCUCAUUGCUGGGAUUGGAUAAAUUGGCUGCAGCGCAAAGAGCACGCAAACAACAAGAAACAGUUCGGUUGUCUUUCAGAGAAGAAGAUAUGGAAUGUGAGGAUAAUGUAUCGAGCAACACACCUGGGAAUCAGAGGAAGAAUGCAUCCUUCACAUUAUCAUCAAAGAAGUAUAGAGAAAGUACUGUAGAAACUCCGUCGUACACUGGAGGGGUAAGCGAUGUGGCUAGAAAGCGACUGGAUGAACGGCAAAGGGAUGACCACGGUAAAGGUCUAUACGCUUCAUCGCAAUCAAACAAGAACGAUGAACAAGAUAAUCGGAAAAGGCACAAAUAUUCUAUAAAUAGCGCGAAGAGUCGCCGGGAAGAUCCAUCUCCUAGAACACCGAGUUACAAGGAUGAACCGAGAACUCCUAGAAGCGAUCGAAAGAUGGAUGCUUUUGGCUGGGAGGACGACGAUGAACGACAACCUUCAACUUCGAGAAAAUCUUCGUGGGAUUAUCCAACGCCAAAAAUUCCCAAAGGCUCAGAAUCUGUCCGAAGUAAUCGUUCUUCGGCCUCAUCUUUCCGGCGAAGAAGAGAAGACGACACACCAAGGCCUACACCAGCUCACAAAUAUAACAAAUGGGCGCCUGACAGAAAAGAGUCCGGUGCUACACCCCGCACAACGAGAAAAGGGAUUCCGUGGGAAACCGAUGAGGACAAGGAUUUGUGGGAGAAGGAGCAAGUUCGGUUAGAUCGUGAAUGGUAUAGUAUAGGAGAGGGGUACGACGAGGAUAACAAUCCUUUCUCAGGAGCCAGUUCAGAGUAUCUUGCAAAGCGUGAAGAGCAACUGGAGCAACGCAGAAUAAAACGCAUGUCUGCACAACAAAGACAAAUUAACAAAGAUAAUGAACUGUGGGAAAAGAAUAGAUUGUUAACAUCGGGUGUCGUUAUGUCUAUCAACUUUAACGAAGACUUCGACGAAGAAGCAGUUGAACGGAUUCAUUUGUUAGUGCACCAUACAGUGCCACCUUUCCUGGAUGGUCGAAUCGUUUUCACUAAACAACCAGAACCCGUUAUACCGGUAAAAGACGCGACAUCGGAUAUGGCUCUUGUUGCCAGAAAAGGAAGCCAGCUUGUAAGAACCUACCGAGAGCAGAAGGAACGGAAAAAAGCACAGAAAAAACAUUGGGAGCUAGGUGGUACCAAAUUGGGAAAUAUUAUGGGUGUGGCGAAGAAACAGGACGACGAAGAUGCAAAAUAUGAUGCGGAUACGGAUACAGCUGAUUAUCGAAAGGAUCAAAAGUUUGCACAACAUAUGCAAGAUCAGGAUGAUGAUGCUUUCAUACGAAAGAGACCUAUAUAUGAACAACGCCGAUCGUUGCCAGUAUUCGCUGUUCGGCAAGAUUUACUGAAUGUAAUCCGGGAGAAUUCUGUGAUUAUUAUAGUAGGAGAAACAGGUAGUGGUAAAACAACACAACUGACACAGUAUUUGCAUGAAGAUGGCUACAGUCGAAUGGGAAUGAUUGGUUGUACACAGCCCAGGAGAGUAGCUGCAAUGUCAGUAGCCAAGCGAGUUUCAGAUGAAAUGAAUACAAAGUUGGGACAGGAAGUAGGAUAUGCUAUUCGUUUCGAGGAUUGCACUUCAGAGAAAACGGUGAUAAAAUACAUGACUGAUGGUAUUUUAUUAAGAGAGAGUUUAAGGGACAGCGAUUUGGACGGUUAUUCCGCUAUUAUUAUGGAUGAAGCUCACGAGCGUUCACUUUCCACUGAUGUUCUUUUCGGUUUGCUACGAGAUAUAGUCGCUAGACGCAGAGAUCUGAAGUUGAUAGUCACUUCUGCCACAAUGGAUGCUACGAAGUUCGCCACGUUUUUUGGAAAUGUCCCAAAUUUUACCAUUCCUGGUCGAACAUUUCCUGUUGACAUUAUGUUCAGUAAAAAUGUAUGCGAAGAUUACGUUGAUUCGGCGGUUAAGCAAGCACUACAAAUCCACCUACAACAAUUGGAAGGAGAUAUGUUGAUUUUCAUGCCCGGUCAGGAGGACAUUGAAGUUACAUGCGAAGUCUUGACGGAACGACUGACCGAAAUUGAUAACGCGCCGCAACUUUCUAUUUUACCGAUUUAUUCGCAGUUACCUUCCGAUCUACAGGCAAAGAUUUUUCAACGGUCAGCAGAAGGUUUAAGGAAAUGUAUUGUUGCUACAAAUAUUGCUGAGACAUCUUUAACAGUAGAUGGAAUCAUUUUUGUCAUUGAUUCCGGCUACUGCAAACUCAAAGUUUAUAAUCCACGAAUCGGCAUGGAUGCGCUGCAAAUAUAUCCCAUUUCACAAGCGAAUGCUAACCAACGUUCUGGUCGAGCUGGACGAACAGGUCCAGGGCAAGCUUUUCGACUUUACACUGAGCGGCAAUAUAAAGACGAGUUACUUCCUCUUACUGUACCAGAAAUCCAGCGUACCAAUUUAGCAAACACAGUGCUAUUGCUCAAAUCGCUUGGUGUAGCCGAUUUACUACAGUUUCAUUUCAUGGAUCCGCCCCCACAGGAUAACAUCCUAAACUCACUAUAUCAGCUGUGGAUUCUUGGUGCACUAGAUCACACAGGAGCUCUUACGCCGUUAGGACGACAGAUGGCCGAAUUUCCUUUAGACCCUCCACAAUGCCAAAUGCUUAUCGUAGCCAAUCAGAUGGGCUGCAGUGCAGAAAUUUUAAUAAUAGUAUCGAUGCUUUCUGUACCAUCAAUAUUCUAUCGUCCCAAAGGAAGAGAAGAGGAAGCAGAUAACGUUAGAGAAAAGUUCCAAGUACCAGAAUCAGAUCAUUUAACUUAUCUAAAUGUCUAUCAACAGUGGAAGAUGAACAAAUAUUCAUCUAAUUGGUGCAACGAACAUUUUAUUCAUAUCAAAGCAAUGCGAAAAGUCCGUGAAGUUCGUCAGCAAUUGAAAGAUAUUUAUGUACAGCAGCGUCUAGAUGUAAAAUCCUGCGGCACCAAUUGGGACGUCGUGAGGAAAUGCAUCUGCUCGGCCUAUUUCUAUCAAGCGGCUAGGCUGAAAGGCAUUGGCGAAUAUGUUAAUUUGCGUACCGGAAUGCCCUGCUAUUUGCAUCCCACGUCUGCUCUAUAUGGUCUAGGAACCACUCCAGAUUAUGUUGUUUAUCAUGAGCUCGUAAUGACGGCCAAAGAAUACAUGCAGUGUGCCACUGCUGUGGAUGGUUUUUGGCUCGCCGAGCUUGGGCCAAUGUUUUUCUCUGUUAAAGAAACUGGAAAAAGCAGUCGUGAAAAACGGAAACAGGCAGCAGAACAUUUACACGAAAUGGAGUCUCAAAUGCAAAUGGCUCAGGAACAAAUGGAGAAACAGAAACAAGAAGAGGUGCAAAAGCAGCAACAAGCAAUGGUCAAACGAGAAAUUGUCACUCCUGGAGCUACACCUCGUAGAACACCCUCACGAAUUGGACUAUAAAUAAGCAGAUUUUUUCACCAAACAGCUGUGAACCUACAUGUAAUGUAAUAUAGUUAAUAAAAAAUUCAACAAGUAAAUAAAAACAACAUAACUUUUGUUCAAUAA